GAGAACUCGCACGUGGUGGAGUCGGGAAGCCCAGCACCCCUCCUCUUUCUCUGUGUGUCUCUCCCUUCUUUCCUCUCUCUUUUCCCCCAAAUUCCUCUGUCGAUCGUCGAUCGUCGAAUUCACGAUCAAUCCGAUUGAAACUCCGAAUUGAGAUCACUGCUGCUGCACUGUCGCUCUUGCCGUCGCCAAUCGCACAUCGCUUCAGGUGCCUGGCGGUAUUGGGUGUGGUUUGUUCACUGUGAAUAGAGUUUUUGUGUAUGUAGCACCAGCUCGGGCAUGCGUAGACCCUUUGCGAAUUUGAAUGAUUACAGGAAGAGCAAGAGCUUUUGUAGAUUGAUGUGAUGAAUGUACAGGCAGAUAUGUCGGGGCAUGUUUCUAGUCAAUCGGGCACUCAGUUGCCUGGGGUGUCCCAGCAAAAUGGCAAUGUCGUCCCGAAUAUAGUAGCUGCGAGCAGUGGUGCCCCUCAUGCUGCGUUCAAUGGGGACCCGGAGCUUCUCAGAGCUCGGAACUAUAUGCAAGAGAAGAUCUUUUUGCUCUUAGCUCGGCGGCAUCAUCAGUCAAUUAAUGACGCUCAAAUGCAGAGGCUCAAGGAUAUUGUUAAACGCCUGGAAGAGGGUCUCUUCAAAUCUGCUCACUCGAAGGACGACUAUAUGAAUUUGGGCACAUUGGAGUCCCGGUUGCAUAGUUUUAUCAAGCGUACAUCUCCUAAUAAUCAAAAUCCAGUCACUGCUAAUUCAAUGACAACGAUGAUUCCAACUCCUGGAUUGUCGCAUAAUGGGAGUUCGACCAUUAUGGCUACAUCUUCAGUGGAUGCACCAAUAAGUAAUAUGGCUGGGAGUAGCAGCAUGCAGCCAACGAAUGCAAACACGGGAAGCCAUAUGUCAAGUGGUGUCAUGCAGAGCAGUUCCUUUAACCGAACUGAUGGCCUGCUUUCCAAUGGGUAUCAGCAAGCUCAAGCGAACUAUUCCAUUGGUUCUGGAGGAAACAACCUGUCACAGAUGGGCGUGCAAAGAAUGAGCAGCCAGAUGAUUCCGACUCCUGGAUUCAGUAAUAAUAGUGGAAAUCAUUCUUACGGAAGUUUGGAGGCUUCCAAUAAUGGUGGCAGGAUGUCCAUUGUUGACUCUCCCAUGGUACCACAGGAUCCGCAUCAAAAGCUGCAUGGAAGCAAUCAGAACAGUCGGGUACUGCAUGCCCUUGGUAGCCAAACAGGUGGGGCGAUUAGGUCUGGUAUUCAGCAGAAAUCUUAUGGUUUCUCCAAUGGAGCAUUAAAUGGGGGCUUGGGAAUGAUUGGGAGCAAUUUACAGAUGUCCAAUGGGCCUAGCACCUCUGACGGUUUCCUGAAUGCGUCACCUUAUAUCAAUUCUCCGAAACCUUUGCAACACCAAUUUGAUCAAUAUCAACGUGCAUCUGUUCAGGGUGAUGUGUAUGGGAGCAGUACUGAUGUUUCUGGCUCUGGUAAUCUAUACACUGCUGGAAAUUCUGCUGGACCAAUGGCAAAUUCUCAAAGCAUGGGUGCACUUAACUUGCAGUCUCUUCCUAAAACGAAAGCUUCAUUGGUUGCUAAUCCAUCAAAUUUGCAUAGCACUCAGCAAGCUGCACACUUGAAGCCUCAGUCAGUUGAUCCAGUUGAAAAGAUGAAUUUUCAAUCUGCACUUCCCUCGAGGGAGAACUUUAUCCAAUCUCAGCACCAACAGCAAUUUCAGCAACAGACUCAUUACCAACCACAACAGCAAUUUGCUCAGCAGCGCCAGCACAUGCAGCAAAAUCAGCAGCACCAAGCUUUGUUGGACAAUGAGAUAUUUGGUCUUCCUCAGGUGACAUCUGAUCCGGGAAAUCAAUUCAAGCAGGAGCCUAAGGAAAUUAUGCGAGAACAGGCAUCUGAUGGAAUUCAUUUGCCUGAGUUUCAAAAUCAGUAUCAGCAGAAUCCUUCUGAUAAUCAUUCUAAGGUUCAGCUUUUUGCUGCUCAAUCUAACCAGCACAACAACUGCUCUAUGUUGUCUCAAAAUACUCCACAAGUGCAACAUUUGUUACAAUCACAACAGCUAGUUGCCGAGGCCCAAAACGAAUUCACUUGCCAUCCCGUCGGACUACAAUCAGAUCCAGUUCUUCAUGGUCAAUGGCAUCCCCAAUUGCAAGAUGGGACUGAAAUCCUGGGGAAUAAAUUAAAUGAGCAGCAUUUACAAGAUGAUUUCCAAAAGAGAAUUUCUAGGCACGAUGAAGCUCAGUGUAACAAUCUGUCUUCAGAGGGAUCAGUUGCUGGUCAAAAUGUUGCUUCAAGGGGUAAAACAGAAGCACCAAAUUUAAGUACUGCCACCUGUAGGUCUGGAAACACAAUCCGUGACCAGCAAUUCAGAAACCAGCAGAGGUGGCUCUUAUUUAUACGCCAUGCUCGUCGAUGUGCAGCUCCACAGGGGACAUGCCCAGAGAUUAAUUGUGUAACUGUUCAGAGAUUGUGCAAACACAUUGAAAGCUGCAAUUUAACUCAAUGCCCUUAUCCUCGAUGUCAUCAUACAAAAGUAUUGCUUAAUCAUCAGAAAAAUUGCAGGGACCCAAGUUGCCCUGUGUGCAUUCCUGUGAAAGAGUACUUGCAGAAUCACUUCAAGGCAUAUCCUCGUCCGGAUUCUACAUCCAGUUUUUCAAAUUCCCUUAGCAGAUCUUGUAAACCCUCUGACAUUGUGGUAAACCCAGCAAAGUUAUUGACAAAGAAGCCAUCUGUUGCUGAAAGUUCGGAAGACCUACUUCCUUCUAUGAAACGUGUCAAAGUGGAACAGCCUUUGCAGCCUCUUAUUCCCUCGAUUGAAAAUUCGGCUGAAUCAGUGUCUAUUGCUGAGGAGCAGAAGAUUUCCCAGUUAGUCUCUUACCAUGGUCAGCAGCAUGGUGAGAUCGGUAUUCCAAUUAAGGCCGAGUCUGCAGAUACAAAGAUGGAACCCUCUGGCAAUUCCGGGGAAAGAAACCAUAAUAUUGGUGAGAUGAAAAAGGAAGGAACAGAUGAUGUCUUAAAUAAAACACUUGGUGAGGAACCUGCUGUCGUGCAAGAACCAUUUGAGAAAGAGGGUGAUCAACCGAAUCAAGAAAUUGCUCAACCUGCUGAUCAAGGAAUUGUUUCCAAGUCUGGGAAGCCAAAAAUCAAGGGAGUGUCAUUGACCGAACUCUUCACCCCUGAGCAAGUGAGAGAGCAUAUCAUGGGUUUAAGGCAAUGGGUUGGCCAGAGUAAAGCUAAGGCGGAGAAGAAUCAGGCAAUGGAGCAUUCGAUGAGUGAAAAUUCCUGCCAGUUGUGUGCUGUGGAAAAGCUUACUUUUGAACCACCACCGAUAUAUUGCUCACCAUGCGGCGCUCGUAUCAAGAGAAAUGCACUUUAUUAUACUGGUGCAGUUGGAGAUACCCGGCAUUAUUUUUGCAUUCCCUGCUAUAAUGAGGCUCGUGGGGACACCAUUGUUGUUGAUGGCAAUCCUAUACCGAAGGCAAGGCUGGAGAAGAAGAAAAACGAUGAGGAGACUGAAGAAUGGUGGGUUCAAUGUGACAAGUGUGAAGCUUGGCAACAUCAGAUUUGCGCUUUGUUUAAUGGUCGGAGAAAUGAUGGAGGCCAAGCUGAAUAUACCUGCCCUAACUGCUAUAUAACUGAAGUUGAAAGAGGCGAACGCAAGCCCUUGCCACAGAAUGCUGUUCUUGGGGCAAAAGAUUUGCCAAAGACACUUCUUAGUGACCACAUAGAACAGCGGCUAGCUAGGAGACUCAGACAGGAAAGACAAGAAAGGGCAAAGCUUCACGGAAAAAGCUAUGAUGAGGUCCCUGGAGCAGAAUCACUAGUUGUAAGAGUUGUUUCAUCUGUUGACAAGAAGCUGGAAGUAAAGCAGCGGUUUCUCGAAAUAUUUCAGGAAGAAAAUUACCCUACAGAGUUCCCCUACAAGUCUAAGGUCAUUCUUUUGUUUCAAAAGAUUGAAGGUGUGGAGGUAUGCUUAUUUGGUAUGUAUGUUCAAGAAUUUGGAUCUGAAUGCCAAUUCCCAAAUCAACGUCGCGUCUAUCUCUCGUAUCUAGAUUCUGUGAAAUACUUCAGGCCUGAAGUUAAAUCAGUGACUGGAGAAGCUCUGCGAACAUUUGUGUAUCAUGAAAUUUUGAUUGGAUACCUCGAAUAUUGCAAGUUGCGGGGUUUUACAAGCUGCUAUAUAUGGGCAUGCCCGCCAUUAAAAGGCGAAGAUUAUAUACUAUACUGUCAUCCUGAGAUACAGAAAACCCCAAAAUCUGAUAAGCUUCGGGAGUGGUAUCUUGCAAUGUUAAGAAAAGCUGCAAAGGAGAGUAUUGUCGUUGAUCUUACAAAUCUGUAUGAUCAUUUCUUUGUUUGCACUGGCGAAUCCAAGGCAAAGGUAACUGCAGCUAGGCUUCCGUAUUUUGAUGGUGACUACUGGCCAGGUGCUGCAGAAGAUCUUAUUUAUCAGCUUCAACAAGAGGAAGAUGGCAGAAAGCAGAAUAAGAAAGGAACGACUAAAAAGACCAUCACUAAGAGGGCGUUAAAAGCAUCUGGUCAGUCUGAUCUCUCUGGAAAUGCAUCGAAGGAUUUGCUAUUGAUGCACAAACUUGGUGAAACUAUAUCUCCUAUGAAGGAAGAUUUUAUUAUGGUCCAUCUGCAGUAUGCAUGCACCCACUGCUGCAUUCUCAUGGUUUCUGGAAACCGCUGGGUUUGCAGCCAGUGCAAGAACUUUCAGAUUUGUGACAAGUGCCACGAAAUAGAACAGAAACGUGAGGAAAGAGAGCGACAUCCAAUCAAUCAAAGAGAUAAACAUCCUCUGUAUCCGAUUCAAAUUACUGAUGUACCUGAAGAUACGAAAGAUAAAGAUGAGAUACUUGAAAGUGAAUUUUUUGACACCAGACAGGCUUUCUUGAGUUUAUGUCAAGGGAAUCACUAUCAAUAUGACACCCUGAGGCGUGCAAAACAUUCUUCAAUGAUGGUCCUUUACCAUCUUCAUAAUCCAACUGCUCCGGCAUUUGUGACGACAUGUAACCUAUGUAGUCUUGACAUCGAAGCUGGUCAAGGUUGGCGUUGCGAGGUUUGCCCAGAGUAUGAUAUAUGCAAUACCUGUUAUCAAAAGGAUGGUGCUAUUGAUCAUCCCCACAAAUUGACAAAUCACCCAUCUAUGGCUGAUCGUGAUGCACAAAACAAGGAAGCCAGACAAUUAAGAGUUUUGCAGCUUAGGAAAAUGCUUGAUCUACUGGUGCAUGCAUCACAAUGCCGUUCAGCACUUUGUCAAUACCCAAACUGUCGCAAAGUGAAAGGUUUGUUCCGCCAUGGGAUCCAAUGCAAAACACGUGCUUCUAGAGGUUGUGUUCUUUGCAAGAAGAUGUGGUAUCUCCUGCAACUGCAUGCACGAGCCUGCAAAGAAGCUGUGUGCCAUGUCCCACGAUGCAGAGACUUACGAGAACAUUUGAGGCGGCUGCAGCAGCAGUCAGAUUCACGGCGCCGGGCAGCUGUGAUGGAGAUGAUGAGGCAGAGAGCUGCAGAAGUUGCCAACAGUGGAGGAUGAACUAUCUGUACAUAGGUGAAUAAUCAUUCCGGGAAAGUUUUGGAUAAGGAGGCAGAAAAUGCGUUCGUGCAGCUUUAAUUAUAGUGGAUUACUUGGAGUUGAGGCAAAUUGGUGGCUGUAUCUAGUUGGAGGGGGUCUGCUGUUGAUCCCUGCAUGCACUCUAUACAGAUCGAUCUUUGUUAGAAUCUACCAGGAAGAAGACUCAUCCUCCUCAAAAUGGCGUUGUUCUCCAGAGGUGCCCUUGACCAGAAGUGAUGGCUAGUAGAGUGGCAAUGCGUGCCUCAUCACGUGGGUCACUGUGGUGAAUUCUUUGAUUCAGUCCUCUUUGAAGUGUUAUAUUAAUCGUGAAGGCCGGUGGUGUGCCGGUGAGUGUACCAUAGUUGUUCUGAUCCUUCUUUUGACAGAGAAGAAAUGUGGAGGAAAGUUGGUUUUACUCCCUCCUCUCUUUUAUAUUGGCCCCUUUCUUGGUAGGUUGUCUUCUAAUAGAUAGGGUGGCAAAAUAAGGGCGUCGCCAAAUCCACAGCAAUUCUUUUCAUUGUUGUCGAUGUAUAGUCUAACUUUUGCUAUGUAAGAAACCUCCCUCCCUC